UUUUCUAAGUCUUCUUUAAUUUAUUGAACUUUUAUUCUAAAAAUUUGUUUGAACAAAUGUUAAUUGGGACUAGAAAUUUAUGGAACAAAGUUACCUCACCUAACCCAGCUAUCAAUAUGGAUUUUGAUUUAUAUCUAUGAUUUUCACAGACAUUUGGAAAUACAGUUAGCAUCAUGCAUAUUUUUUUAUGUGUUUUAAAUUCUAAUUGAAAAAUAAAUUAGAACUAUCAAAUUAAUAACUAAUAAAUUAACUGUAGUUACAUAUUAUGCAAUAAUUCCUCUAUUCAUAAUUUUCUGUAAAAGAGCGUUUCAAUAUAUAAAUUAAAAAAAUCUAUACUGAGUAACUAUGUUAAAAAGAAAGAUUUUUUUAAAUUUUUAUCCAAAAAAAAUGAUUGAGUUAAAAUUAAUUAACACUGUUAUUACAAAGUAUUGUGCAAGUUCCAAAACAUCAUUAAAAUUGAAUUCAUUUAGUAGAAGAAAAAAUAAUAAUGAUAUAGGUUGGAUUUUAUUAGUAAUUCCAAUAUCUGCUUUUGGGCUUGGUACAUGGCAAAUUAAACGCAAAAUAUGGAAAGAAAGUCUUAUAGAUGAGCUUAAAACAAAAACUACAUUACCAGCUAUUGAUUUUCCUGAAGAUAUUGAAGAUAUUAAAAAUCUUGAGUAUUGUCGAAUAAAAGUUAAAGGUGAGUUUGAUCAUUCAAAAGAAAUAUUUUUGGGUCCUAGAUCUUGUUUAGUUGAUGGAGGAUCCAGUAGUGGAAGUGGUUUAUUUUCUGUAUCUGGAUAUACUCAAAGUGGUUAUAAUGUAAUCACACCAUUUAAACUUUCUGACAAACCAUUAACGAUUUUAGUUAAUCGUGGUUGGGUUUCAAUGCAAAAUAAAAACUCUACAUCACGGAUGUCUGGUCAAGUGUCAGGUGAAGUUGAAUUAGAGGGAAUAGUACGUUUAAAUGAACCCAGACCUCAAUUUGUUACUAAAAAUGUUGCAGAUUCUCAUUUCUUUUCCUACAGGGAUUUAAAUGCUAUGUCAAAAUUAGUUCAGUCAGAACCUAUUUUAAUUGAUGUAGUUAGUGAAAAUAAUGUGCCUGGUGGACCACUUGGUGGUCAAACUAACAUAUCUUUGAGGAAUGAACAUCUUUCAUAUAUCAUAACAUGGUAUGGUUUAGCUGCAGCAACUAGUUAUAUGUGGUACUCAAAAUAUUCACACGCAAUAAGAAUGGUUUUCAAAUAACAUUUUAUUAUUCUAGAUUUUGUUCAGUUAUCAUAAAAAUUUAAUUAUAAAAUAAAAUUUUAAAUCGAGUUACAAUACUUUUACUAAUAAGAAAUGUAUUAUUUCUUUGACUAGAUUAAUUUUAUGCUGAAUUAAUGUAAAUAAUUAUUUUUACAUUAUGUAUUUUUAAAAUAAUAUUUUAAAACUACUAAUAAAUAGUUGAUUUUAGAAAUCAGAGCUUGGUGUAUAAUUUUGCGUACUUUAAUUAAAAUUCAUGUACUUAACCCAUCAACGCCUGGCGUCCCCAUAUGGUGACAUUCGUAUUGCUAUUUUUAUCGCGCGUUCUUAGAAUAAUAAUUUAAUAGGUAAAAGCCGAGUGUACCCAUAUGGUGACACUCAAUAUCUCAGAAAU